UCAGGGUGCCGGGGUUGUUCUCAGACAAUCGACUAUCGAUUUGUAAUUCCGAGAUAUCGCUAGGUCACGCCAAAUAUUUCUUAUUUACUAUUUACGCACAUCAUUUUAAAUAAAAUUUCUAGAAUCAUAGUGUAACUAUAGGCAACCACACAUACAGUAUAUUUAAGGUUAAAGUGGAUGCGUCUAGAAUUGUUAUUUUGUGAAAGAUUACAACCGAAUUAUUAUAAAUAACAAAUACAAAUCAGCAUUAACAAUGUCUCACAUGAGUUCUCCAUCCGUGGAGCUCAGCUCCUACAGAGAUCAGCACUUCAAGGGAAGUAGAGCUGAACAAGACAAAUUACUUCGUCAAUCAUGUACUCUCUACGUGGGAAACCUAUCGUUUUUCACCACUGAAGAACAAAUCUACGAGUUAUUCUCACGUUGCGGCGAUAUUCGCAGAGUUAUCAUGGGACUUGACAAAUACAAGAAAACACCCUGUGGUUUUUGUUUUGUUGAGUACUACACAAGACAUGAUGCUGAGAAUUGUUUAAGAUACAUUAAUGGAACCAGAUUGGAUGACAGAAUAGUCCGAACAGAUUGGGACGCCGGAUUUGUCGAAGGAAGACAAUACGGACGUGGAAAAACCGGCGGACAAGUCCGAGAUGAAUACAGAACUGAUUAUGAUGGUGGACGAGGCGGCUACGGGAAGAUAAUCGGCCAAAAACUCCCCACAGAGCAACAUUUCGGAAGAUAAAACAAGAAAUUCACUAACUUUUUACAAAAUCAUCUCUCAUUUAAGUAAUUAUGUAUUAAAAUUUAUUCCUAAUGGUAAAAAAACGUUUUCAACCCUUAA